UUAACCCCGCCCACCUCCCGCACUCAUCCCACUCCAGUCCUGCUCGUCUUCUCCUCCUUCCUCAGCAGGACGACUCACUCCUCCACUCGUCAUCCAUCCAGGCAGUCCACUUGCACCAUGUCUGCGGGAAACGCUAAGAUCGGUCAACCUGCCCCAGACUUCUGUGCCACCGCUGUGGUGGGCGGACAGUUCAAGGAUAUCAAACUGUCAGACUACAAAGGGAAGUAUGUGAUCUUCUUCUUCUACCCACUGGACUUCACCUUCGUCUGUCCCACUGAAAUCAUCGCCUUCAGUGACAGAGUGCAGGAGUUCCGCAACAUCAACUGUGAGGUGAUCGGCUGCUCUGUGGAUUCACACUUCAGCCACUUGGCCUGGACCAACUUGCCGAGGAAGCAGGGAGGUCUUGGCCAGAUGAACAUCCCUCUUGUGGCCGAUCUGACCAAGAGCAUCUCCAGGGACUAUGGUGUGCUGAAGGAGGAUGAUGGCAUUGCAUACAGGGGUCUGUUUGUGAUCGACGACAAAGGCAUCCUGAGGCAGAUCACCAUCAAUGACCUCCCUGUGGGCCGCUCUGUGGACGAGACUCUUCGCCUGGUGCAAGCGUUCCAGUUCACGGACAAAAACGGCGAAGUGUGCCCCGCUGGCUGGAAACCCGGCAGCGACACCAUCGUCCCCGACGUGGACAAGAGCAAAGACUACUUCUCCAAGCAGUAGACAUCCAGACCGUAGCACUGACCUCACAUGAGAGAUGUCCUUGUGAAGCAGCUGUCAGCUCACCUCUUUUACAGUUCUGAUUUGAAAGGAAAGUAUUUUGUUGCAAGUCUUAUAUUUGUAUGUCCAAAAUACAGCCAGUGGGACAGCCUUGUAGUCUCAAGCACUGAAGAAUGAACCGUACUGUUUUUCAAAAAACGAAAAAAAGUUGCAUUUCCUCACAGUUUGUUUCUUUCUAGCGUCGGUAAAUAAAGCAGUUGUAACUCGCUUUCACUGCCUCUUAUAUCCACUUGGGGGCGACGUUGUAUUAAACAGAUAAAUG